CUCAAUGUCAAAUAUCAUAAAACUGAUUUGCUUCUUUAUUAGAGGAAAGUUCUGGUCUACUGCUAUUCUAAUCCUUAGAGGACAAGGCAGUAUCCAUAGAAGAGUAAUGCUGCUCCUUGCAGGCAAUUCUAGGUAAAGUAUUUAGGAUGUUUCAUAGAGAACUAACACUACAGAGGACAAAGGUUGGUGAAUUCUUAAUCCAGCAGAGGCCAACCCAAGCCCAAUUGAGGGGAAAUGCUUACCCUCUACCUCAAACACAGUCCCAAACAUAUCACUCUCUAUUGUCGGAAAAAUUAUUUCACUAUGUACUUUAAGUUAAAAAUUGAAUGUAUUUCUAAGUAAGAACGACUAGAAUGAUUGGGUUGGAACUUGGCAGCAAAUUAAAAUAUCUAGACAAUAUUUGUAAGAAGACAGAGAUAGUAAAAGAUGUUAAGCUUUCAUAAAAUAAGUCAUGGUUCCCUGGGAAACUCCAAAAUUUAAGAGUGACCAUUAAAGAACUGUAAAUACCUUUCAUAUCUUUGGUAUAGGAGAGAAAAGAAGAAAUUUUUACCAAUUUAAAAAGAAUUGAUAAGGUAUGAAGAUAGAACUAAAAGCAAAGACAGCAUAGGUUUAAUAGGAAAAUAAAACACAAUGCAUGAUCAUCCCAAACAAAAAUGCACGCAUAACAUAAUUCACUUCAUAAAAUAUAGUUACCAGUUUAGAUUUCUAAACAUUGAAGCAGUUAUAAAAUUUUCAUACUUAGGCGAAUAUUUAGAAAUUUACCCCAGGGUUAAGAAAUUGUUAAUGAUUUAUUAGACAAAUGUUAAUCUCAAGAAAGUAGUGACUCCAUGUUACCAGAAAUAGAAAGAACCUUCCUUGAAACAUGAGCUAUAGAGCCAUCUUUUAUACACCCAACCACUUAGCCUUUAAAGUCACAUGCUAAAAAUCAGCAAAGGUAUAAUGAGAAUGCCAAACCUGUCACUAAAGUGAGGAAUUAAAAUAAAACUCAAUCAUGAAGUCAUCGACCAAGUAAAUCUACACAAAGGAUAUGGCCCUAGAAUUGUCGAGAUAAUUUUGAAGAGAACAAGGAGAAAGACCUUUCCUUGUACUUCAAAAGGCUUAUUAUGGAGCUCUAGUUACUAGACUGUACGUAAGACAUACACAUAGAGAUUAAUUGAAAGAGUAGACUACUUCAAAAUGCAUAUGCAUGUAGAUGUAUAAAUACACAUAUACAUAUACAUCUGGUAUUUGAGAGAAUAGACACAACAAUUAAGAAAGGAGAAACCAUCAAGUAACUGGUGUCUGGACAACUUGCCUGACAAUUACAGAAGAAAAGAAGAACAACAGCAUGGUAGGUAAUUGUCUUACAUCUUAUUCACAAAUAAACUUGGAUUAAAGAGGUAACUAUAACGAAAAAAUCUUUGAAACUAUUAGGAAUAUGUAUUUGUAACUUCCCCAAAAGGAAAUACUUUCUAAACUGGACAUACACAGGAAAUAUAAAAUCAGAGAGAAAAGUUGUUAAAUUUGACUAAAACAAAAUUAAAAUUUGCUUAUGAUAAAAUAUACACUGAUUUUGGAUUGGCAAAGCUAAUGAACUAGCAACAAAUAAGCAUCUGGAAUAAUAAUGGACUAAAAAAAAAAAAAGCCAAACAGAAUACAGAAAAAGCUAUUUACAGAAGAAAUCUAAAUAGUCAUUCAACAUGAAAAAUUUCUAUGAAAAACAAAAUAAUACAAUUUCAAAUAAUGAGACACCCUACACACUCUUCAGAUUCACAAACAUAUGUUUUUGCUUAGAAUGGGUCUGGGAGUUAUAGAUUUUUGUUUUCUGUUGCUGUUCUACCCUCAACUUUCUCUGGCCCUGUCCACCUGAGCCACAAAGGGGAUCUCUCUCCAUUCUUUCACCCCAACCCCAUCAAUAAGCCACUGUGGGUUUUGCUCAGUUCAGUGCAAAUACAGGUUGAGGGAUUGUAGACUUCUUGCUCCAGCCUCUGUAUUGAACCCAGCACAAAGGACUCACACGUGGGUGGGGCUUUCUCAGCAUUUCUCUUUCCCUAUUUACCAGCUCACUCCCAUCUGUAUUUACAUGAAGGUCUGGUACCUCCUUCAGUGGUUGCGUAACUCUCUGGCUUUAAAUCCCUGUGGAUUUAAAGCAAACCUCUGCAGCAAACAUACAGCAAACCUCUGCAGCAAACAUACAGCAAACCUCUGCAGCAACAUAUCUUUGCUUGGAAAUGAGGACAGGGAGUUUCCAGGAAGUAAUCUGUUCACGACAGGUUCAUGCACAAAAGAGGCAACAUGGGUAAAAGAAAGAUAAGCGUGUGUCAACAAACUUGGGCUUUAUUACAUAAGAACAUUCUUAAAAAGUGGAGAAUGAAAAGAGAGCCACUAAUGGAAUGGAUGAACGCGUUGCUCCUCCUACUUUGUUUGUACUUCUAUCCUAUUGGUCAUCAAGUUAAAGACUUUUCUUUAUGGCCUCCUGUGAACCUCGGAAGGGUAGAUUCAUUUAAUGAAUCCAAAUUUGCAAUUGAAUACAUGCCUGUCACCAAUGUAACCCAACAGAUAAUGAGCAAAGUAGCUAUCACCUCCUUCAUGACAGGUAAAGAAGUCAUGGGACUAUCAGAUGAAGAAAGCAUUAAAGAAUUGAAAGCAGAUUAUCAUGAGGAAAUAGUAAGAGUCAUCUUUACAAACACAUACUCAUAUCAUCUGAAAUUCUUGGAACAAAGAAUCCCGAUCAGUAAGGAACACAGGGACCAUACAGCUCAUUGUUUUGAAGAAGAUGAAGAUGUUGACUGUUACAUGUCAAUAUUCUGGAAGGAAGGUUUUGUGGCUCUUCAAGCUGCCAUUAAUGCUGCUAUUAUAGAAACCACAACAAAUCAUUCAGUCAUGGAGGAACUUAUGUCAGUUACUGGAAAAUACAUGAAGAUACAGCCCUUUAUUAGUCAAGGAGGAAUCGCAACUGAUUUUUUCAUUUUCUUCUGCAUCAUCUCCUUUUCCCCAUUCAUUUACUAUGCAUCCAUCAAUGUCACGAGGGAGAGGAAAAGGAUGAAGGCCUUGAUGACCAUGAUGGGCCUGCAGGAUUCAGCGUUCUGGCUCUCCUGGGGUUUGCUCUAUGCUGGCUUCAUCUUCAUUAUGGCCCUUUUCUUGGCACUUAUUAUAAAAUCUACCCAGUUUUUUAUUCUGACCAACUUCCUGGUGGUUUUCACCCUCUUUCUCCUUUAUGGAUUGUCACUGAUUGCUCUGGCUUUCCUGAUGAGCGUCGUGGUGAAGAAGUCUUUCCUCACUAGCCUAGUGGUGUUCCUUCUUACUGUCUUCUGGGGGAGCCUUGGAUUCACAGCGUUGUACAGAUAUCUCCCAGUGUCUUUGGAGUGGAUUUUCAGUUUUCUUAGCCCGUUUGCUUUCACCCUUGGAAUGUCCCAGCUUUUACACUUGGAUUAUGACGUAAAUUCUAAUGUAUUUCUUGAUGCACCGGUUGGCUCCAAUCUAAUUAUAGCAACACAUUUCAUGUUGGCCUUUGACACUUUCCUCUAUCUGGCACUCAUGAUGUACUUUGAAAAAAUUUUGCCAAAAGAAUUUGGACAUCAACAUUCACCCUGGUUUUUCCUGAAGUCCUCGUUUUGGUCACGACAACAAAAGGCUGAUCAUGUGAUCCUUGAAGAUAAAAUAGAUUCCAAUCCUUCAUCUAAUGACUCUUUUGAACCAGUGUCUCCAGAAUUCCAAGGGAAAGAAGCCAUCAGAAUCAGAAAUAUUACAAAAGAAUAUAAAGGAAAACCUGAAAAAAUAGAAGCUUUGAAAGACCUGGUAUUGGACAUUUAUGAAGGCCAAAUCACUGCAAUCCUUGGUCACAGUGGAGCUGGAAAAUCAACACUGUUAAAUAUUCUUAGUGGGUUGUCUGUUCCCACCAAAGGUUCUGUCACCAUCUACAAUAAUAAACUUUCAGAAAUGGAUGCCCUAGAAAACAUCAUCAAGAUCACUGGAAUUUGUCCACAAUCCAAUGUGCAGUUUGACUUCCUGACUGUGGAAGAAAACCUCAGGCUAUUUGCUAAAAUAAGAGGGAUUCUGCCACAAGAAGUGGAGCAAGAGAUACAAAGAGUUUUGCUGGAAUUGGAAAUACAAAAUAUUCAGAAUGUCCUGGCUCAAAACUUAAGUGGUGGACAGAAAAGAAAACUAACCUUUGGGAUUGCCAUUUUAGGAGAUCCUCAGGUUUUCCUAUUAGAUGAACCCAGUGCUGGAAUGGAUCCCUUCUCAAGACACAGAAUUUGGAACCUCCUGAAAGAGCGUAGAAGAGACCGUGUGAUCCUUUUUACUACUCAGUUCAUGGAUGAGGCUGACCUCCUGGCAGAUAGGAAAGUGUUUCUCUCCAAAGGGAAACUGAAGUGUGCGGGUUCUUCAUUGUUUCUGAAGAAAAAGUGGGGGAUCGGUUAUCACCUGAGUUUGCAGUUGAAUGAACUAUGUGCUCGGGAAAAGAUAACAUCCCUUGUUAAACAGCACAUCCCUGAUGCCAAAUUAUCAGCAGAAAGUGAAGGAAAGCUUGUCUAUACACUACCCUUAGAAACAACCCAUAGUUUUCCAGAACUUUACACAGAUCUUGAUAGCAAUCCUGGCCUAGGAAUUGAGAAUUAUGGUGUUUCUAUGACAACUUUGAAUGAAGUGUUCCUGAAGCUAGAAGGAAAAUCAGUGCUCGAUGAAUCAGGUAUCAACAUUCUAGGAGAAGCACAAGGGGAAAGAACUGGGGACACAGAAAGACUUGUUGAGAUGGAACAAAUUCUCUCCUCACUUAUGGAGAUGAGAAAGACAGUAGAAGGCAUGGCUCUCUGGGGUCGACAGAUCUGUGCAAUUGCAAAGGUUCGUUUGCUAAAGUUGAAGCAUGAAAGAAAAGCUCUUCUAUCACUGUUGUUGAUUCUGGUGGUUGGAUUUUUCCCUCUUUUUUUGGAGUAUAUCUUGGUGAAAGUUCAUCAAAACAGUUACACUUUGGAAUUGUCUCCUCAUCUGUACUUCCUGGCUCCUGGACAACAGCCACAGGACCCUCUCACUCGAUUAUUGAUCAUCAAUAACACAGGGGAGAGCAUUGAUGAGUUUGUCCAUGCCUUGGAGCGCCAGAGCAUAGCUGUGGAAGUAGAUGCAACUGGAACUAGAAAUGGUGUAGAUGAACCUUCUUAUAAUGGAGCCAUAACAGUAUUUCGUAAUGAAAAGAAAUAUGACUUUUUAAUUGCGUGCAAUACCAAAAGACUGAAUUGUUUCCCGGUUCUCAUGGAUAUUAUUAGUAACGGGCUACUUGGAAUGCUUACACCAUCAGCACAUAUUCAAACUGAGUGGAGCACAGUUUUGAGGAGAAUAUGGGAUAAUCCAUUUGAAAUCCUGGGAUACACCUUAUUCUGGCUGGUUUUGGCAUCUACCUGCCCUCCUUACAUUGCCAUGAGCAGCAUUGAUGAUUACAAGAACAGCGUGAGGUCGCUGCUGCGGAUCUCGGGCCUCUUUCCUUCCGCCUACUGGCUCGGGCAGGCGCUGGUGGACUGGCCGCUGUACUGCCUGUUUUUCCUUUUCAUGUAUUUAAUGGAUUACGUCUUGAACUCCCAAGAGACUGUAUUUACGCUUGUGAAUUAUUUCAUUCAAAUGCUGUGUGCUAUUGGGUAUGCCAUGUCCCUUAUCUUCUUGACAUAUGUGAUUUCAUUCACCUUUCGCAAGGGGAAAAAAAAUAGUGGUAUUUGGUCAUUUUGCUUCUAUGUUGUCACCGUAUCCUCUGUGCUUAUAUGUGUGUUGGAAAACUCUGAAAGUGUUCCACUAUUUUUCGUCACUUUUUUAGUACCACAAGCCACACUGAUUGGCUGUCUGUUCUUAUAUUUUCAUCUUUUCAUGUUUACUGUCUUCGAUGAUGAACAACAUACUAGAGAACUAUUUCUGGUCUUUCUAAUUCCCUUCCUUCAUGUUAUCAUUUUUCUUUUUAUUCUCCGAUGUCUGGAAUGGAAAUUUGGAAAGAAACCCAUGGGAAAGGAUCCCUUCUUUAGAAUUUCUCCAAAAAGUGGUGAUGUGUGUCAAAAUCCAGAAGAACCCCAGGAGGAGGAUGAAGACGUUCAGAUGGAAAGACUGAGAACGGCUGAUGCCUUGAAUUCCACAGACUUUAAUGAGAAGCCAGUCAUUGUCGCCAGCUGUCUGCGCAAGGAGUACCCGGGAAAGAAGAAGCAUUGCUUCUCUAAGAGGAAGAGCAAAGUAGCCACCAGGAAUGUCUCAUUCUGUGUCAGGAAAGGUGAAGUUUUAGGGUUGUUAGGACACAACGGAGCUGGUAAAAGUACAUCCAUUAAGGUGAUAACUGGAGACACGAAAUCAACUGCUGGCCAGGUGCUACUCCAAGGGAGCAGCGGAGGGGACGCCCCCGGGUUCCUGGGGUACUGUCCUCAGGAGAAUGUGCUGUGGCCCAACCUGACCGUGAGGGAGCACCUGGAGGUGUUUGCCACCGUGAAGGGGCUGAGCAGAGGUGAUGCUGAGCUCGCCAUUGCAAGGUUGGUGGAUGCGUUCAAGCUGCAGGACCAGCUGAAGGCUGCCGUGAAGACCUUGUCAGCCGGAAUAAAGAGAAAGCUGUGCUUCAUGCUGAGCAUCCUGGGGAGCCCGUCAGUGAUGCUUCUGGAUGAGCCAUCCACCGGAAUGGACCCCGAGGGGCAGCAGCAGAUGUGGCAGGCAAUCCAGGCCAUCAUUAGGAACACAGAGAGGGGCGCCAUCUUGACCACCCAUUACAUGGCGGAGGCAGAGGCAGUGUGUGACCGUGUGGCCAUCAUGGUGUCUGGAAGGCUGAGGUGUAUUGGCUCCAUCCAACACCUAAAAAGCAAAUUUGGCAAAGAUUACCUGUUGGAGAUGAAGGUGAAGACCCUCGCACAGAUGGAGGCCCUCCAUGCAGAAAUCCUGAGGCUUUUCCCCCGGGCUGCUCGGCAGGAAAGGUACUCUUCUUUGAUGGUUUAUAAGUUACCAGUGGAGGACGUGAAACCCUUAGCCCAGGCUUUCUUCAAAUUAGAGAAGCUCAAACAGAGCUUCCACCUGGAGGAGUACAGCCUCUCCCAGUCCACCCUGGAGCAGGUUUUCCUGGAGCUCUCCAAGGAGCAGGAGCUGGAUGUUUUUGAUGAUGAACUUGAUCCUUCAGUGAACUGGAAGCUUCUCCCACAGGAAGAACCUUAGGCCAGGAGUACUCUAUGUUCCCGUGGAAGCCUGCGGUUGCUUUUUAAAGACAUUUAUUUUGGUAGCAUCAAUGUCAUAUUCAUGGAAACUACAUUAUAAACUCUGAGAUGGCUCUUCAUGUAGGGAGAGGAGCAGCCAGUGUAGCUGCAGGGACAUGAUGGAUGGCCUGUCUGAGCCGCCUCCUGCCCCAGCCUCUGCACCUCCGAAGGCUGCUCUGCCUCCAUUUUCCUGUAGAAUGCUAAAUAAAUAAGCUUACUUUGAUGCAACUAA